AUGAGAAGCUGGAAAAGUAGCAUUGACGCUUGCCUCGAUGUACGCGUUCUUCACACUACAUCAUCACUCUANAAAAAUAAGGACUGGAAGCGUAGAAAUUUUAAUUGUAUUGAUUUUCUAUCUGUUAUAACUCUUCAACACCUAUUCACGUCGGUGACAUUUCUUGUGGAAGUUUUAUCAACAGGCGGACUUAUUCCAACUGCUUAUUUUCAACCAUUGAAUUUUUCCACAUUUACAUCGAUCUUUCAAUUGGUUUGUACGAUUAUUUACAUGGGUUUCAUAAUCUUUUUCAUGUUUGUACAAAUUCAAAUAUUUCUUCGAUUGAAACGCAAAUAUUUUCAACAAUUUUGGUCAUUAAUUGAAUUAGGAAUAGUUAUUUGUUCAUGGACAAGUUUAACAAUUUAUAUUUGGCGUUUCAAAGAAGCACAUCGUAUCAGUUCAUUAUUCGAGCAAACAAAUGGCUAUGUUUAUAUAAAUUUACAAUUAGCUGCUUAUGUUGACAAUCUUCUUACAUAUCUCCUUGGCUUUUGUUGUUUUUUCGGUAUGAUUAAAUUUCUUCAAUUACUUCGCUUCGAUUCUCGUUUAUUAUUAUUCGUUCAAACACUUCAACAUGCGCAAAAAGAAUUGAUCUCAUUCUUAAUGAUGUUCAGCAUUAUAUACAUGUCAUUUGUUUAUUUAUUUUAUUUCUUAUUCAUUUCUAAUAUGUCAUCAUGUUCAAGUUUAUUAUCCACUGCACAAAUGUUAUUCGAAAUGACAUUAAUGAAAUUUGAUACAUCAGAAUUAAUCCAAGCGGAUGCGUUUCUUGGUCCAUUCGUAUUUGCUGUCUUCAUAUUUUUAGUCGUAUUCAUUUGUUUAAGUAUGUUUCUUUCAAUAAUCAAUGAAAGUUUUCGUCGAGCACGAGAGAAUCCAGUGGAGAAUUCUGAAAUAUUAGCAUUUGCUAUGAGAAGAUUUGCACGUUGGUCAGGUUUGAAAAGGUUAAGUAUAGGAACAAUCUAUGCUCAAAAAGACGCGCAAAUGCGUUCGCAAUAUUGUGAUCCAAUUGAAAGUUUUCCUGAAAAAGUCGAUCAAAUGCUGAUAAAACUAAAUAAGUUAUAUAUUGACCAAAAAAUUGAACUUCAAAGGUUGGAUAAACUUGAUUCUUUAAACUGA